GUUUACAAGUGCAUAUUUUUCACAAAGCAUUAUUUAGUACAAGUAUCGUCAAUACUGAUUGUAAAUAUUGAUCUCGAAAUCUGUUUGAUACAUUUCUUUCAGGAAGUUCUGCAACUACUUAACUCCACCUCAAUUCACAUCUUGCCUUCGAUGAACCCUGAUGGUUUCGAACGUGCCCUCAAUACGGAACCAUCAGAACGCGAGUGGCUAACAGGAAGAACGAAUGCCAACGGUGUCGACCUCAACAGAGACUUCCCUGAUCUUGACAGUAUCUUCUACGAGCUGGAGAAGAUGAAGCGCCAAACCCGAAACAGUAGCUUGAUCGGCCGAUGGAGUCUGUGCUGCAUUUGGUUCUGUCGCGAAAUCCUUCACGAAGGCGAUCUGGUCGCUAAUUAUCCAUUCGAUGCCACCAUCAAGAACGGUGUCAGCGAAUACUCAGCAUCUCCAGAUGACGGCACAUUCAGAUGGCUCGCCCAGACUUACGCCAAGAAUCACGCUCACAUGGGCAAGAACGAUCAUCCACCAUGCGAUGGCACCAGCAAGGACGCGUUCGCCAGACAAGGAGGAAUCACAAACGGUGCCCAGUGGUACUCUGUCUCGGGAGGUAAUGCAGGAUUUCAACUAUCUAGCCACCAAUGA